AAUGAACCUUUGUGUGCAAUGGAAGUUCAACACGUGAUGGACACAAGAGAGAGAGCAUUGUUAGCUGUAAAGCCAUAUGCUCCCCUUUCCUUCACUUGCUGCUCAGGUCAUUCCCAAUUCCUUUCCUACGAUGUAUUUAGAAAUAAAUAAGUUAAUCUUGAUUUGCAUGGUCACUUUUCGUAAUUAUCUGCAAAACUUUAAUUAUAAAGUAGUAUUAAUUAAUCCAUUCCCAAUUGAUUUAGUUGGAGAGUAGUAUAGUAAUCAAUUUAGGCUUCUGUUGAGUAUUAAGCAUCAGGAUUCUAUAUUAGAACGGAAUAGGAAGAAUAUUAAUGAUCAAUUCUUCAAACAGAUAUAUUUGAUUGAUUAGUAGAAGAAGAAAAAGAAGAAACGUGAAAACUCGAGAUUUGUAGUUAGAAUUUUCAGCCAUUCUUCUAACUGCGUAUUCAAACAUGAAUACUAUAGAAAAAUCCCCAUCAGCCCCUCUUCUCUAUUUGCUCUCUAUAGGGAGAUCAAGCGAAGGCGGAGGAGGAGGCGGCGACAUUAGUAAUAUAACCGAAACCAUGCGUUGCAGGGCUUCUGCAAUGGUUCUCAUUUCUUUUAUCUCCGCCUUCCUUUGCGUUUCUUUCUCUCUGUAUUUUUCUCGCAAUUCAAUUUACACCACUCAAGUUCUAUAUCCUUCUCCUAAUCUCGUUCCUCCUAACAAUGCCAUUCAAGAAAGCAUAAUCCUAAACCUAAACCAUCCUCAACGCGUUCAAGAUUCUAUUUUCACUCCUUCUGUUUCUGUUUUGUUUCCUGAUUGGGAGGUUCUUGUUAUUGUCUCUCCGGAGAUUCACUCUGAUUUUCCCUUUCUUUCUGCCCACAAUCUCACGUGUUUUUACCCUAAUAAUGCCACUUCUCCGGCUAGAUUUUCCGAAAUCUUGCCUUCAACCAACCAAACUACAUUUAAAUGUCUACUUCCCCGAAGCUCACGGCGGAGAUUGCCAUUCGUGGCGCCAGUUCUGAUGAGAUUGUUGGAGAAGGAAUUACCGAUUCCUCGGCCGUUGUCUUCGCCUCCGGAGGAAAUUUUGAGAUGGAGCAAACUUGUUUACGAGUCGUUCUCCGCCGAGAACGAUGUCGUUUUAUUUGCUAAAGGUUUAAACAACCGGCAAGGGAUCAACAGGUCUCCAAGCGAAUUACGGUGCGUGUUUAUCCAUGAGUCUGACAACAAUAUCAUCGUUAAAACGGCCGUUACCAGCUCAAUACAAGAGGUGUUUAGGUGUGAUCAUCCGGAUUUAACGGCGUUAGUUUCUGGCGUGGAAGAAGGAGAAGACCCAAUCAAACUCAAAGUAUCUCUCGAAGUUUUGGAGGUUAAGAAGGUAAUGCCAACGGUGUCGUAUUACAACCCCUGGCGUAAGAUAGCAAACCCAGAAACAAAGAAAUCACAACUAUGCGCCACUACUAUGGUUUACAACGUGGGGAAAUACUUGAGAGAAUGGGUGAUGUAUCAUUCGAAGAUUGGCAUCGAAAAGUUCAUAUUGUAUGAUAACGACAGUGAUGAUGAUUUAAGUAUUGUGGUUAAAGAGCUGAACCAACAAGGCUAUAACGUAGAGACGUUAUUAUGGUUUUGGCCCAAGACUCAAGAAGCUGUUUUUUCACAUGCUGCUUUACACGCUCGGGAUUCAUGCAAAUGGAUGAUGUACGUGGAUGUUGAUGAAUUUGUGUUUGCACCUUCGUGGGAUAACUCAUCACAGCCGUUUGAUCGUUUGUUAAAAUCUUUACUGCCGUCGUCAGGUGAAAUGAUCGGCCAAGUCUCGAUCAAGUGCAACGAAUUUGGACCGUCCAAUCAAAAGUCAAACCCAGUAGAAGGAGUGACGCAAGGGUACAACUGUAGACGGCGAGUAGAGAAUCGACACAAGUCGAUAGUGUUAUUAGAGGCCAUCCAUCGUUCAUUGCAUAAUGUGAUACACCAUUUUUCAUUAAAAGAAGAGUACAGAACGAAGCAGUUGAGUUUGGAAAGAGCAGUAGUGAACCAUUAUAAGUACCAAGCGUGGUCCGAGUUUAAAGCCAAGUUUAGGAGAAGAGUAUCUGCUUAUGUGGUAGAUUGGAUGCAAGCGAUGAACCCAGAGUCUAAGGAUAGAACGCCAGGGUUAGGGUAUGAGGCAAUUGAGCCGCCGGGAUGGGAAAAUAAGUUUUGUGAGGUUAGAGAUGAUAGGUUGAAAUUCCUAACACAAAAGUGGUUUGGUACACAAAGAGAGACAGGGUACAGGAUGGCAUGGCAAAGUUGAAAGAGUUGUACACAUGAAGGGUUUCAAGUUGAUUGGUUUUUCUAGUUUAUAUUUUAAAAAGUUAGUCAAAACUGUUUUGUUUUGAGUAGAGAUUUUCUUAAUUGAUGAAAUUCUAGGCGGCAACACAUUAAUUGGAAAUCAGUUUAGGUUUAUUUGUUGAUAAAAAUGUUAAAAAGACAAUUAACAAUGUUACAUAUAUGUUAAUCAUCCAAUACAUGUCAAAUAUAUUUACUAUAUUGGACAAUUAAAUAUGCAUUGUCUGGUCUGAAAUUCUUGUAUCCAGUAUAAGAGGAUAGGAAAAGGGAACAUCUUUCACGUUA